AUGACACAAGUCGAAGAGUACGAGGAGAACGUUGAGGAGACAGGUGCUGGUGCCAAUGUCGGUGCACCGCUGUCCGUAUCCGAGUUGGAGGGACUCGGUGGGCUCACCAAGCGCGACAUCCAGCUGCUGCACGAUGGCGGCUACUACACUGUUGAGUCCGUCGCCUACACGCCCCGCCGCGCACUUGAGCAAAUCAAGGGUAUCUCCGACCUCAAGGCCACCCGCAUGAUCACCGAGGCCUCCAAACUCGUCCCCAUGGGCUUUACGACCGCCACCGAGAUCCACAUGCGCCGCAGCGACCUUAUUUGCAUCACGACCGGCUCCAAGAACCUGGACACCAUGCUCGGCGGCGGCAUCGAGACCGGGUCCAUUACCGAAAUCUUUGGCGAGUUCCGCACGGGCAAGUCCCAGCUCUGCCACACGCUGGCCGUCACCUGCCAGCUGCCCUUUGACUGCGGUGGCGGCGAGGGCAAGUGCUUGUACGUUGACACGGAGGGCACGUUCCGGCCGAGCCGUGUGCUUGCCGCCGCCAACCGCUAUGGAUUGGCGGGCGAAGAGGUCCUGGACAACAUUGCCGUGGCCCGCGCCCACAACUCGGACCACCAGCUGGCGCUCCUGCGCGACGCUGCCCGCAUGAUGGCCGAGACCCGGUUCAGUCUACUGAUCAUCGACUCCGCCACUGCUCUGUACCGCACCGACUACAUGGGCCGUGGCGAGCUCAACAGCCGGCAAAUGCACCUGGGCCAGUUCUUGCGGCAGCUGCAGUCCAUGACCGACACGUACGGCAUUGCUGUCGUUAUCACGAACCAGGUGGUGGCCCAGGUCGACGGCGGGCCCUCGGCCAUGUUCAACCCGGACCCCAAGAAGCCCAUUGGCGGCAACAUCAUCGCCCACGCCAGCACAACACGCAUCAGCCUGAAAAAGGGCCGUGCCGAGACGCGCAUUGCCAAGAUUUACGACUCGCCGUGCUUGCCCGAGAGCGACUGCAUGUUUGCCAUUACGGCCGAUGGCAUCGGCGACCCGGCGCCCAAAGACGACAAGGACAAGGACAAGGACGAGUAG